CCAGAGCCCGGCUCGGUCCGGUCCCUCUGUCCCCACCCCACACUCGUCCACCUCCUCCUUGUCCCACUCCUCACCUAGGGCCACCCGAACUGCCAUGGGGUAGGGGAGGCGCUACGAGCUGCGCGAACGACCAGCCCUGCGCAUCCACCCGGGGAGCGCCCAGCCCGAACGCCGCUCGCCGCUCACGGGCGCCGGGCAUGGGGAGCGCGGUGUGAGCCGGCCCCCGGGGAGGACGAGGAGUGGAGGCGACGGGCGCGAGGAGGAGGAGAAGGAGGAGGAGGAGAGGAGCGGUGGAUUGGAAGGACCCGAGGGAGGAAGGGAGGGAGAGGAAGGAGGGUGGGGAAGCGAGGGAAAAGUGAAGCUGGGAGGAGAAGGCGGCGGAAGGUGGGGAUUGAUGCUUCUGUUUUUUGUUGCCGCUGCUGCCCUCGCGCUGGGAGCUGAGCCGGAGGGAAGGCGGUGGAGAGAUGAUUGCAGAGUUGGUGAGCAGCGCUCUGGGGUUCGCCUUGUACCUCAACACCCUGAGUGCAGAUUUCUGCUAUGAUGACAGCCGUGCUAUCAAGACUAAUCAAGACCUUCUCCCAGAAACUCCAUGGACACACAUUUUCUACAAUGAUUUUUGGGGAACCCUCCUUACCCACAGUGGCAGCCACAAGUCCUACCGCCCUCUCUGCACUCUUUCUUUUCGUCUGAAUCAUGCCAUCGGAGGGCUGAAUCCCUGGAGCUAUCACCUUGUCAACGUCCUAUUACACGCAACCGUCACUGGUCUGUUCACGAGCUUCUCCAAAAUCCUCCUGGGUGAUGGAUACUGGACCUUUAUGGCUGGCUUGAUGUUUGCCUCUCACCCCAUCCACACGGAGGCUGUGGCUGGGAUCGUGGGCAGGGCUGAUGUUGGUGCCAGCCUCUUCUUCCUCCUCUCCUUGCUCUGCUACAUUAAGCAUUGUUCUACAAGAGGCUAUUCAGCACGGACUUGGGGCUGGUUCCUAGGAACAGGGCUGUGUGCUGGAUGCAGCAUGUUGUGGAAGGAACAAGGAGUGACUGUUCUCGCAGUUUCAGCAGUUUAUGACGUCUUUGUCUUUCACAGGCUGAAAAUGAAACAGAUCUUCCCUACCAUUUACAAAGGGAAGAACUUGUCUCUCUUCCUGAGCAUUAGUAUGUUAACUUUCUGGGGCUCCUCCCUUUUGGGUGCCCGUUUAUACUGGAUGGGAAAUAAACCACCAAGCUUUUCCAACUCUGACAACCCAGCUGCUGAUUCAGACAGCCUCCUGGCUCGCACGCUGACCUUCUUCUACUUGCCAACCAAGAACCUCUGGCUGUUGCUAUGCCCAGAUACCCUCAGUUUUGACUGGUCUAUGGAUGCUGUGCCUCUGCUCAAAACAAUUUGUGAUUGGAGAAACCUACACACUGUGGCCUUCUAUAUGGGACUCCUCCUCCUCGCCUACUAUGGUUUGAAGAGCCCAACAAUUGAAAAAGAAUGCAGUGGGAAAGUUGUAACAAAUGGCAAGCAGAAUGCAAAUGGACAUAGCUGCCAUUCAGAUGUGGAGUACCGGAAUUCAGAGAUUAAGCCCAGCUUUGCAUCCAGAGUAGAAAAUGGCAUUCAAAACAAUGCAUCAGGGAGAACACAACUUCCUUCUACUGAGAACAUUGUUGUUUUGUCUUUAUCUUUGUUAAUAAUUCCUUUUAUUCCUGCCACAAACUUAUUUUUCUAUGUUGGCUUUGUAAUUGCAGAGCGAGUACUGUAUAUUCCUAGUAUGGGCUUCUGCCUUCUGAUUACAGUGGGUGCCAGAGCCCUUUAUGUCAAAGUCCAAAAGCGGUUUCUCAAGAGCUUGAUUUUUUAUGCUACAGCUACCUUAAUUGUUUUCUAUGGACUCAAGACUGCGAUCAGGAAUGGAGAUUGGCAAAAUGAGGAAAUGCUGUAUAGGUCAGGGAUAAAAGUAAACCCAGCUAAAGCGUGGGGUAACCUUGGAAAUGUUCUGAAGAGUCAGAGCAAAAUUUCUGAAGCUGAAGGCGCCUAUAGAAAUGCUUUGUACUACCGCAGCAACAUGGCUGACAUGCUUUAUAAUUUGGGUUUGCUUCUACAGGAGAACAGCAGGUUUACAGAAGCCCUACAUUAUUAUAAAUUGGCAAUUGGGAGCAGGCCCACACUAGCUUCUGCAUAUUUAAACACCGGUAUUAUUCUAAUGAACCAAGGAAAGACAGAAGAAGCUCGACGAACAUUCCUAAGGUGUUCAGAGAUCCCAGAUGAAAACCUAAAGGAUCCUCAUGCUCACAAGAGCUCUGUUACCAGCUGUUUGUACAACCUGGGAAAACUCUAUCAUGAGCAGGGACACUAUGAGGAUGCCCUUACUGUAUAUAAGGAAGCGAUUCAGAAAAUGCCAAGACAAUUUGCCCCACAGAGCUUGUACAACAUGAUGGGUGAAGCAUACAUGCGAUUGAGCAAACUCCCAGAAGCAGAGCAUUGGUAUAUGGAAUCACUGAGAUCUAAAACCGACCACAUCCCUGCUCAUUUGACCUAUGGAAAACUACUAGCUCUAACAGGUCGUAAGAGUGAGGCUGAAAAGUUCUUCUUGAAGGCUAUUGAGCUGGAUCCCACCAAAGGAAACUGUUACAUGCAUUAUGGUCAGUUUCUUCUGGAAGAAGCUCGUCUCCUAGAAGCAGCUGAGAUGGCAAAAAAAGCAGCUGAACUAGACAGCACGGAGUUUGAUGUCGUCUUCAAUGCUGCCCACAUGCUCAGACAAGCCAGCCUAAAUGAAGCAGCUGAGAAGUAUUAUGACUUGGCAGCAAAGCUGAGGCCAAAUUACCCGGCUGCUCUGAUGAACCUAGGAGCUAUUCUCCACCUCAAUGGCAGACUCCAGAAGGCCGAGGCCAACUACCUGAGGGCCUUGCAGCUCAAACCAGAUGAUGUCAUCACUCAAUCGAAUCUCCGCAAACUGUGGAAUAUCAUGGAAAAGCAAGGUCUAAAGACUUCUAAGACCUGACACAGGAGGCAAGAUCAUGCCCUCUUCCA